AACUAACGCAGACAGGCACGCCUUUGCGCUGGCUUUAGCCCUUAGUACACACUUUUGCAAACUUUGUUGGCCUUCUGUCUGCAACUGUCAAUCUUUCUCAAACUUCCACGACACUCUCUCACCAUUCCACUUCACUCCUAAAACCCACUAAAAACCUUAAUCUAGAAAACCCAACUUCGUUUAGUAAAUAAAAGAGUUCCUUUCAUUCUUGCCGGGAAUUGAAGUUUGGGGUGAUUUUUGAACUGGGUUUUGGUUCUGCUCAUCUGGGUUGUGUUCGCUUUGUUGGAAUUUUUGGUGGCUAGCUGCUGGUGGGUGGUGGGGGAUUAUGGUGAUGGCUGAGAAUGAGGCAGGGGAUGAUCAAAAGGAGGUGAAGUCACCAUGGAAGACUCCGGUGAUUGAUGGGGAGAAAGCGGCUGAUGCUUCUGUUAUGGGGACACAAUCUUGGCCAGACCUUGGUGGGACCCAACAAACAACCGACAAUCCUGAGGUUUCUGCUGAUGGGUCUGCUCCAGCUCCGUCAGUAGAGCAGGGAGCUACUGGGCAGCAGAAAUCAAAUGGGUCUGGAAACACCAAUGCAUCUCAUAAACAUUCAUCUGCACGUCAUCAGAAGUCAGGCUCUAAGCGCAACCCUAAUGCCACGCCUCGUUUUCCUGUACCCUUACCUUAUUAUCAACCUCCAAUUCCACCUGUUUUUCAUGCUAUGGUACCUCCACCGCACAUUGCAGUUUCUGGGUAUGCUUACCAGCCUGUCCCUGGACCUUUUCCUGGUAUUGAACCUCAGUUGGUAAACUCUGGAUCUGAGACAACAAUGCAAGCCUUUGGUCCUCCACUUCAAGGUAUUGAUCCUGGAAGAAAUAUGCAGCCUCCUCCGCGAGGAGAUCCCAAUGCAUAUCCUGCCAACUUCUCUAAUAGAAGACCCAACAUGCAAGAACCUGGUGGCCAUUUGAAUCCUGGCUGGAAUCAUCAACGGGCAUUUAAUCCUAGAGAAACCAUUCCUAUGCAGCAGGGUGUCGGACCGAGACCUUUUGUUAGACCUCCAUUUUUUGGUCCAGCUCCAGGCUUCAUGGUUGGUCCAAGUUUCCCCGGAGCUGUAUGCUAUGUGCCUAUUCCACCUCCAGGAUCUAUAAGGGGACCUCAUCUUCCACGCAUUGUUCCAUAUCCUAUAAAUCCAGGGACUGCCAUGUACUCUCCAGAGACUGCUACUUUGAGGGCCAAUAUAGUGAAACAAAUUGAGUAUUAUUUCAGUGAUGAAAAUCUUCAAACUGAUCAUUACCUGAUUUCCUUGAUGGAUGAUCAAGGAUGGGUUCCAAUAUCCGCAAUUGCGGACUUUAAAAGGGUUAAGAGAAUGAGUACAGACAUACAAUUUAUCCUCGAUGCACUGCUGAGUUCUAGUACUGUAGAAGUGCAGGGUGACAAGAUACGGAGACGUGAUGAGUGGUCCAAGUGGAUUCCAGCUAGUUCAAAGACAUCAUUGUCAUCAGAAGCUCCGGCUACUCAAUUUGUAGAGAAUGUUACUGACUCUUGUGGGAAUGGUGAUAUGAAUGAAGAUAAUUCAAGGGACACCUCUGAAGAAAAUCUUAAAUUUCCAUUGGAUAGUGGGAGCUUGGAGCAUGUAUCACCUGAGGGCAAUGCUGCAGAAGUAACACAUAGAAAUAACUGCAAACAUGCAGAUGUGCCUGUUCUACUAAACGAUGCAGAUCAGUCACAUGGAGUUGGGCCUGUGAGAUUCACUGACCACAGAAGUGUAGAAAUAUCAUCAGAUGUAACAGUACAAAAUGUUGCUGACCUGUCAAAUGAUUUUGCACACACAUUUAUGCUGGAUGAAGAGCUAGAGCUUGAGCAAAAAACACUAAAGACUCUUUUAGCACUUAACAGAAUGGAUGAUGAAGAUGAUGAGAUGGUUGUCAAUGAUCAAGAUGUUCAUAGACUUGUGAUUGUGACCCAGAAUAGUGGGACAGGUGACGGAUCAAAAGCUGGUGCUAAAGAUUCAAAGUCCAUCUCCAGUGAGCUUGCUGCUGUGAUAAAUGAUGGUCUUUACUUCUACGAACAGGAGCUUAAAACUAAACGAUUUAGUCGUAGAAAGAAUAACUCUAUUUAUGAGAAUAAAGAUGGUUAUCCAAGGUCUCCAAGGGGUGCAUUAGGAGUAUCAAAUUUGAAGACAGGUGAAAAUGUUGCUGGGAGCAGUGGUCUUGAAGAGUCUGGAGGAGCAAGUUCACGAAGGAAGCAAAAUAAAGGUUUCGCCAAGCAACAGUCCUUCCAUAAGCAGAGAUUUUUCUCAAGUAACUUAAAGAAUCAUGGAACUAGUCGUAAUUCAAUUGCAAUAAUUUCAGAAAGUCCACCAAGUAAUUCGGUCGGAUAUUUCUUUGGUUCUACUCCUCCUGAUAGUCAUGGACAUAGGCCGCCUUCAAAGUUGAGCUGUUCACCACAUGGAACUCUUUCUAGCAGUCCACCAGUUGGUUCCUUGCCAAAGUCAUUUCCACCUUUUCAGCAUCCAAGUCAUCAGCUGUUAGAAGAAAAUGGUUUUAAGCAACAGAAGUACCUAAAGUUUCACAAGCGCUGCCUGAGUGACAGGAAGAAGUUGGGAAUUGGUUGCAGUGAGGUGGACUUCAUAUCUGAACUUCUAAGCUACUAA